AUGCCUCACUGCGCCGACAAUAUUUUUAAAAUCCAGUAUUCCAUCGGGUGGAGCGACCUUGAUCCUGCACUUGAAAGAUACUGCUUAAAUCAAACAAGGGUUACGCACGAUUUCAUGACAACAUUUGUAUCAAAGAAUCCAAGAGGUGCGUUCUUGAAUUACAGAGAUCUUGACAUCGGCGUAAUGACCGGAGAAAAUUACAAUGAAGGACACACAUUCAGUAGCAAAUUAUUCACAUACUCUAAAAUGGAAAUUGAGGAGGAAACAGGAACCAUUCAUAUACUCUCCAAUUUACCCCUGUUUCACCAGGUUGUUGAAUUCAAUCUUGAAGCUGCACAACAAGGGAUGGUUUACAUUGAUGAAGUUGAUAAGAUAUCCAAAAAGAUAGUGAACGUGCUUGAAAAGGGGGUGAGGAAGCAUCCUAGAGGUGAUAACAUUUAG